UAAGUCAGACUACUCUCCGCCCAACUUGUCCCUAAGACACCACAUCCCGCUUCCCCCAAGCCACAUGCUCCGACACCCAGUGCCAACUCAAAUGGUCAAGCCAUGGCACAGUCCACACCAAAAUUGACAAUGAUCGAGCACAUGAGAAAAGGCGGGGAGAUUAAUCAAAACUCAAAUGCCGGAACUAACCACCAUGUUCACACAUUGAUCAGCAGUGCCAAGAGUGGGAAUACGAGAUGGUUCAUGGUCGCCGUAUGACAUGGAGGCCAGCGGCUUCUUGUAGUGCUAUAAACACAUCAUAUAAACAAUUCGUUACAUGCAACCGCCCUGAGCUUCGAUUGAGCAUGUCUCUAAUGUUACUUGAUGUUGUUCCCAGCAUGCUCACCAGCAUAGGUCUUGUUGCUCUCGCAACACUCGGAUCUCUCCAACAAUGCAUGGCCACCGCCAACCUGCCGCCCGCUGUCCUGAAACGAGAUACCUCGCCUCCUGGGGCGGGCAGCCUUGUGAAGAGGGAAGUCUGCUCGGACGGCACCCGAUGCAUUGUAGGCAGCUGCUGUGGUGACGGGUGCUCCUGGAACUGUUGUGGUCUGGACCAAGGGGGGUUUGGAUGCGACCUGGGCGCGCGGUGCCAGUUCGACGGUAAUGUGUUCAUCGGAUGCUGUGACAAUUUCGUCGGAGGCUGCACCGGCGAAGGCACCCGCAUCACCGUCCACACUCCUUACAGCACCGUCACCUUGAGCGACUCGACAGCUAGCGUAUCAGCCGCGACAACUUCCUUAUCGACUUCGUCCACCACCGCGUCAAGCGCAACGCGUACUACACCACCUUCAGCACAAACCAAAUCGACCUCGGUACCAACCACCGCCCUCCCAUCCUCCACCUCAUCCAGCAAAUUAUCGCAGACGAACUCAACGUCUGCAGCGACAGGAGCACCCAACGCAAGUUCAGCAUCGAGCACAUUGUCCUCCUCCUCCUCCUCCUCUUCCUCAUCCACAGCCCCAUCCACCACACCUGCACAAACCCAAUCCCCCAACAGUGCCGACAUACCCCAUUCCCAAGCCCGGGAAAUAGCCACUCUCGUUGGACUAGCAGCCCUCGCAUCGUGGUAUCUCUUUUAGAUUCCAUUGAUCAGAAAUCACCAUCCCUCGCCAGAAGCCCGCAUUCUUUUCGCCACCAUUCCCUUCAUGAGUACAGCAUAAUCCAUGUUCAAUUU